AUGAGACUCUUCAACACCUCAACCAGAGUCGUCCUUCUAACGUCCAUCCUCUCAGCAAAUGCCAGCCCCCUCCGUGUUGUUCAGAACUCAGGUCUUGAAGUCCGCUCGUGAGUCCCCCACUCCCAACCCUCCCCAUACACAUCUAACCUCUUAUUUUAGAGGCACCGAUUUCCAUGACUCAUUCGUGAAGCUCCCUGUUACUGGCAACCCGGAAAGGAGACACAGUGGUAUCGGUAAAGGAAACGCUUUCCCAGCAAGAAGCACGAAAUUAGUCAAAGAUGAUGAACCACCGUUGAUCGUCGGGAGAAGCUUCGAAAAGGAAGUUGAUAAACGAACUUCAAGCGUCCUUGAGGAAAGAAAAGAUGGUGCAAAACUCAAGGCUCCACCAUAUAACCCACCAAUUGAGUUCAAAAAACGGGAAAACAACCUUGAACCAGAUCAAGCAAGCGUUUUUGAGAGAGUGAAAAGAGUCCUUAAGGCUCCACCACCAGGCGAACCAAUUGAAGUCAAGAGGAGGUCAAAUACCCUUAAGGAUCAACUAUUGGCGAAAAGGAAGAACCAAGGUCAAUCUCUCAAGGCUCCACCACCUGAUCAAACAAUUACAAUCAAGAGAGGCUCUGAUAUUCCAGGUUUUGGGGACAUCCCGGAUGGAACUAACCCAGGCGGAGCACACAAGAGAGCCCCGCAACUCAAAGGCCCUGAGCUUCCAAACCUCAUCGACGAUAUCCCGGAUGGGACCAACCCAGGGGGGCUCACGAAGAGAGUCUCACCAUAG